GAGAAGAGCAGAGCGCACGGGAUUAUUAUAGGAUCUAGAUUCUGAUACUACAUGGAGACAAUUUCUUUAAAUCGGAUAUUCGCUUUUGGAACCCUGGACCUCGGAUAGAAUACUAGAUACAUAAUAUAAAAUGAAAAAGCAUUGAUAUAUAAGGAAAUUAUAUGUAGAUCUCUGUUACUAUUACGGACGGGAGAGUUAAAAGUAGAAGAGUUGUUCGGCGAUUAGGCACUGUUCGUAGAAAUCGGAGAUUCAUAUUUUUAGCUCAUAUCCCCAUGCGUGUGAAGCUUAAUCUUUUGAAUCUUCUCGACGGACAUUGCAUUAGGAAUACGGUACCGGUACACGGAAUAUAUUUUAUCGUGUUGAGAAGAGUACUGUGAACGCAUUCGAUGGAAUCUUGAGUCAGAAAAUGUGACCGUCCUCGUUUAACAUAAUAACGUCGAUAUAUUUCGUUUGGAUGAUGUAUAAUACAAGUACUUUGGGAACAGAGAGGGUUUUUUCUAAUGUUAUGUGAACAUUUUACUCAGAAGAUAGUAGGCAUUUAAUGACACUGAACCAUAUCUUACAAGGAACAAACAUCUUUUUAAAACAACGAUCACCGACGUUUGUGAACUCAGACCUUCUCCUGAUUCUGCCAUUUUGACGACAUUAGAUCUAAACAAAAUUGAACCGUUACAGGCAUGGAGUCAAAUCUAUAGUAUUCAGAUUAUAGUCAUCAUGGUCACCAGAUAUUAAUCCUGGGGCGGUAGCAUGUGCAUGAAAUAUUUCUUUCACCAUAUCACUCGAGAUUGAAGUCUGCGUGAAACUAUCUUAUUCAAAUAUCCUGGAUAAGUAUUAGCUUCUUGUUUGUCAAGUUUUACACCUUCAUCUUAAAAAAAAAGAAUUGCUGGCAGGAAUUCCUCAUGUCAUGAAUAAGACGCCUAUCUAAGCUGUGACGGCAGAUGUUUUGAAGACAGGAUCUACUUUUUAGGUUGAGGCAAUCGGUGCCAACCAGGAAAAGAAAGAGCUGUUAUUGGAAACUUCAUCAAUAUCCUACAAUAUAACCUUCUCGGUUAUCAGGUCAUACACCUACUAUCAUUGAUCCGGACCGAUCCGGAUUGAUUACAAAGUAAUAAUGAAUAAAGCGCUUAUCAGAGCUAUAGGAAGGGGAUGUUAUGAAGACAGUAUCCUCGAGGAUGAAGAAAUUUGUGUUAACCAUGCAGUGAGAGACAAAGUCGUUCUUAAAAGGGCGACACUCAUUCAGAUCGCUUUAAAUUGUAGUUUCCAUGAAACAACUUCAUAUAUAUGUGUACUUCAUGAUUAUAUCAACUGAUGCUUCUCAACCAUCGCACAAGUACGAUGAUACAACAACCUGGUGGACUGUACUAUAACGGAUGAUGAUGAUGAUGAUGAUGAUGAUGAUGAUGAUGAACCUACAUCUCUUCAUUGAUCGGGAUUGAUCACAAUCCUGAACAAGGCGCUUAUUCCAGCAGCGAAGGAGCUAGAUCUUGCGAUCCAUUCUUGAAGAUGGGGCCAUAGGUGUCAACCAGGAGGAGAGAGAAAGUGGAUCUAGUUGACAAUACACUCCUCCAAAUGGUUUUAACUGGUUGUUUUACUUGAAAAGACUAUACUUUGCUAUUAAAGGUAUACAUCUCCAAUCGUUGACCAAGAUUGGGAACCUAAUGAACAACGCGCUUAUCACAGCUGUAAAGGAAGGAUAUCCUUGAGGACUUACCUAAUUAUUUCUUUUAUAGCAAUAGUUAUAUUGACCGGAAUUGAUCACAUCAUGAACAAGGCGCUUAUUGCAGCACUGAAGGAAGGGGAUGUUGUGAAGACAAGAUCUAUUCUUGAGGAUGAGGAAAUUGAUAUAAUCCAGGAAGAGGUAGAAGAUACAAAUGGGAAGACAAUGCUCCACAUCGCUUCAGAAGAAGGGCACAUCGAGUUGGUGAAAUACAUCAUUGACGUGACGGAUAAAUUUAUUAAGCAGAGCGGGAAUGAUGGCAAUCGUCCUCAAGAUGAGUCUCAGAGUCGUCUUCGGAAUCUCGCUCAAUAUCUGGAUGUCAAUGAGAGUGAUAAUAAUGGUUUUACACCUCUCUACCUUGCCUCAAAGUUCGGUCAUUUAGAUGUGGUUGAGUGUUUAGUCAGACAUGGAGCAGAUUUAAACAAAGCAACAUCAGAUGGCGAUACACCCCUUUGUAUUUCAUCAACUAACAGCCAUCUUGAUGUGGUUGAAUGUCUCGUAAGUUCGGGGGCAGAUGUAAAUAAGGCGGGGAAGAGUGGAGCAACACCUCUACAUUGUGCAUCAGACAAGGGACAUGCAGGCAUUGUGAAAUAUCUCAUUUGUCAGGGAGCCAAGCUAAAUUCUGUCGAUGGUGAUGGCCGUACACCUCUUCAUUUUGCUUCAAAGAAUGAUCACAUUGAUCUUGUACAAAACCUUAUCGAUGCAGGGGCAAAUUUAAAUGCAGAGAAUGUGGUUUGGCGAACACCUGUACAUCUUGCUUCACAUGAAGGUCAUUUUGAAGUAGUUAAAUGUCUAGUAACUGCAGGAGCAGAUGUCAAUAAACCGGAUGAGGAUGAAUGGACACCUGUUCAUGUGGCGUCAGAGAAAAAUCACAUAGAUAUUGUGAAAUAUCUCAUGGCCGAGGGCGCAAACAUCAACCCAGAAAAUGAUAAGGGAACGUCACCCGUGUAUUUAGCUUCUAAGAACGGUCAUCUUGAUAUCGUUAAAUGUGUAGUGAGAGCAGGAGCAGAAGUCAAUAAAUCGACUGAAGAUGGAUGGACACCUCUUCAUGUGGCGUCACAGAAUAAUCACAUAGAUAUUGUAAAAUAUCUCAUUGCUGAGGGUGCAAACAUCAACGCAGAACUUAAUGAUCAGACGACAUCUGUCUAUCUGGCUUGUCAGAACGUUCAUCUUGAUAUUGUUGAAUGCCUGGUGAAAGCAGGAGCAGAUGUCAAUAAAUCAGAUGAAGAUGGAUGGACACCUCUUCAUGUGGCGUCACAGAAUAAUCACAUAGAUAUUGUAAAAUAUCUCAUAUCACAAGGAGUCGACCCGAAUUCUGUCGAUUGUUUCGGUCGUGCCUCUAUACAGUUAUCUUCAGAGAAUGGUCACAUAGAUGUUGUCAAGUAUCUCAUUGCUGAGGGUGCUAACGUCAAUGCAGGAGAAGAUACGAUGUCACCCGUAUACGUGGCUUCUAUGAACGGUCAUUUAGAAAUCCUUGAAUGCCUGGUGAAAGCAGGAGCAGAUGUCAAUAAGUCAGCAGAAUAUGGAUGGACACCUCUUCAUGUGGCGUCAUAUUAUAACCACAUAGAUAUUGUAAAAUAUCUCAUUGCUGAGGGUGCAAACAUCAACGCAGAACUUAAUGAUCAGACGACAUCUGUCUAUCUGGCUUGUCAGAACGGUCAUCUUGAUAUUGUUGAAUGCCUGGUGAAAGCAGGAGCAGAUGUCAAUAAAUCGACUGAAGAUGGAUCGACACCUCUUCAUGUGGCGUCAGAAAACAAUCACAUAGAUAUUGUAAGAUAUCUCAUUGCUGAGGGUGCAAACAUCAACGCAGAAAGUAAAAAUCAGAUCUCAUCCAUCUAUCUGGCUUCAAAGAGAGGUCAUCUUGAUAUCAUUAAAUGUCUGGUGAACACAGGAGCAAAUGUCAAUAAAUCGAUUGAAGGUGGAUGGACACCUCUUCAUGUGGCGUCACUUUAUAAUCACAUAGAUAUUGUAAGAUAUAGCAUUGCUGAGGGUGCAAACAUUAACGCAGAAAAUAAUAACGGGUUUUCACCACUACAUAAGGCUGCACAGGAAGGUCAUCUUGAUAUUGUUAAAUGUCUAGUGAACGCAGGAGCAAAUGUCAAUAAAUCGACUAAAGAUGGAUGGACACCUCUUCAUGUGGCGUCAGAAAACAAUCACAUAGAUAUUGUAAAAUAUCUCAUUGCUGAGGGUGCAAACGUUAACACAGAAAGUAAUUAUCAGAUCUCAUCCAUCUAUAUUGCUUCAAAGAGAGGUCAUCUUGAUAUUGUUAAAUGUCUGGUGAAUGCAGGAGCAAAUGUCAAUAAAUCGACUAAAGGUGGAUGGACACCUCUUCAUGCGGCGUCACAAAAUAAUCACAUAGAUAUUGUGAAAUAUUUUAUUGCUGAGGGAGCAAAUAUCAACGCAGAAAGUAAUAAUCAGAUCUCAUCCAUCUCUCUGGCUUCAAGGAGAGGUCAUCUUGAUAUCGUGAAAUGUCUGGUGAAUGCAGGAGCAGAUGUAAACCAAAAAGGAAAGUAUAGUUGGACAGCUCUCGACGAGGCUUCACAUAAAGGUCAUAUAAACAUCAUUAAAUACCUAAUCUCGAAAGGAGCCAAAGUCAAUGGUGUUGAGAGCAAUUACCCUUCACCAUUACAUUACGCAUCGCAUGGAGGUCAUGUCGAUGUUGUAAAAUACUUUAUCACCAAGGUAGAAGAUCUGAACUCAUUAGAUAAUAAGGGAGCUACACCACUGUCUGUCGCUUCACUGCAAGGACAUCUUGACGUAGCAGAAUGUCUGGUGAAUGCAGGAGCAGAGGUCAAUAAAUCGACUAAAGAUGGACGGACACCUCUUCAUGUGGCGUCAGAAAACAAUCACAUAGAUAUUGUAAAAUAUCUCAUUGCUGAGGGUGCAAACGUCAACGCAGAAAGUAAUAAUCAGAUCUCAUCCAUCUAUCUGGCUUCAAGGAGAGGUCAUCUUGAUAUUGUUAAAUGUCUGGUGAAUGCAGGAGCAGAUGUAAACCAAAAAGGAAAGUAUAGUUGGACAGCUCUCGACGAGGCUUCACAUAAAGGUCAUAUAAACAUCAUUAAAUACCUAAUCUCGAAAGGAGCCAAAGUCAAUGGUGUUGAGAGCAAUUACCCUUCACCAUUACAUUACGCAUCGCAUGGAGGUCAUGUCGAUGUUGUAAAAUACUUUAUCACCAAGGUAGAAGAUCUGAACUCAUUAGAUAAUAAGGGAGCUACACCACUGUCUGUCGCUUCACUGCAAGGACAUCUUGACGUAGCAGAAUGUCUGGUGAAUGCAGGAGCAGAUAUCAAUAAAUCGGAUGAGUAUGGAUGGACACCUCUUCAUGUGGCGUCAGAAAACAAUCACAUAGAUAUUGUAAAAUAUCUCAUUGCUGAGGGUGCAAACGUUAACGCAGAAAGUAAUAAUCAGAUCUCAUCCAUCUAUCUGGCUUCAAAGAACGGUCAUCUUGAUAUUGUUAAAUGUCUGGUGAAUGCAGGAGCAGAGGUCAAUAAAUCGACUAAAGAUGGACGGACACCUCUUCAUGUGGCGUCAGAAAACAAUCACAUAGAUAUUGUAAAAUAUCUCAUUGCUGAGGGUGCAAACGUCAACACAGAAAGUAAUAAUCAGAUCUCAUCCAUCUAUCUUGCUUCAAAGAGAGGUCAUCUUGAAAUUGUUAAAUGUCUGGUGAAUGCAGGAGCAGAUGUCAAUAAGUCAGCAGAGGAUGGAUCGACACCUCUUCAUGCGGCGUCACUGUAUAAUCACAUAGAUACUGUAAAAUAUCUCAUUGCUGAGGGUGCAAACGUUAACGCAGAAAGUAAUAAUCAGAUCUCAUCCAUCUAUCUGGCUUCAAAGAACGGUCAUCUUGAUAUUGUUAAAUGUCUGGUGAAUGCAGGAGCAGAGGUCAAUAAAUCGACUAAAGAUGGACGGACACCUCUUCAUGUGGCGUCAGAAAACAAUCACAUAGAUACUGUAAAAUAUCUCAUUGCUGAGGGUGCAAACGUUAACGCAGAAAGUAAUAAUCAGAUCUCAUCCAUCUCUCUGGCUUCAAGGAACGGUCAUCUUGAUAUUGUUAAAUGUCUGGUGAAUGCAGGAGCAGAGGUCAAUAAGUCGACUGAACAUGGAUGGACACCUCUUCAUGCGGCGUCACACAAUAAUCACAUAGAUAUUUUGAAAUAUUUCAUUGCUGAGGGUGCAAACGUCAAUGCAGGGGAAGAUAAGAUGUCACCCGUGUACAUGGCUUCUAUGGACGGUCAUUUAGAAAUCCUUGAAUGCCUAGUGAAAGCAGGAGCAGAUGUCAAUAAGUCAGAUGAAGAUGGAUGGACACCUCUUCAUGUGGCGUCACAGAAUAAUCACAUAGAUAUUGUAAAAUAUCUCAUAUCACAAGGAGUCGACCCGAAUUCUGUCGAUUGUUUCGGUCGUGCCUCUAUACAGUUAUCUUCAGAGAAUGGUCACAUAGAUGUUGUCAAGUAUCUCAUUGCUGAGGGUGCUAACGUCAAUGCAGGAGAAGAUACGAUGUCACCCGUAUACGUGGCUUCUAUGAACGGUCAUUUAGAAAUCCUUGAAUGCCUGGUGAAAGCAGGAGCAGAUGUCAAUAAGUCAGCAGAAUAUGGAUGGACACCUCUUCAUGUGGCGUCAUAUUAUAACCACAUAGAUAUUGUAAAAUAUCUCAUUGCUGAGGGUGCAAACAUCAACGCAGAACUUAAUGAUCAGACGACAUCUGUCUAUCUGGCUUGUCAGAACGGUCAUCUUGAUAUUGUUGAAUGCCUGGUGAAAGCAGGAACAGAUGUCAAUAAAUCGACUGAAGAUGGAUCGACACCUCUUCAUGUGGCGUCAGAAAACAAUCACAUAGAUAUUGUAAGAUAUCUCAUUGCUGAGGGUGCAAACAUCAACGCAGAAAGUAAAAAUCAGAUCUCAUCCAUCUAUCUGGCUUCAAAGAGAGGUCAUCUUGAUAUCAUUAAAUGUCUGGUGAACACAGGAGCAAAUGUCAAUAAAUCGACUAAAGGUGGAUGGACACCUCUUCAUGUGGCGUCACUUUAUAAUCACAUAGAUAUUGUAAGAUAUAGCAUUGCUGAGGGUGCAAACAUUAACGCAGAAAAUAAUAACGGGUUUUCACCACUACAUAAGGCUGCACAGGAAGGUCAUCUUGAUAUUGUUAAAUGUCUAGUGAACGCAGGAGCAAAUGUCAAUAAAUCGACUAAAGAUGGAUGGACACCUCUUCAUGUGGCGUCAGAAAACAAUCACAUAGAUAUUGUAAAAUAUCUCAUUGCUGAGGGUGCAAACGUUAACACAGAAAGUAAUUAUCAGAUCUCAUCCAUCUAUAUUGCUUCAAAGAGAGGUCAUCUUGAUAUUGUUAAAUGUCUGGUGAAUGCAGGAGCAAAUGUCAAUAAAUCGACUAAAGGUGGAUGGACACCUCUUCAUGCGGCGUCACAAAAUAAUCACAUAGAUAUUGUGAAAUAUUUUAUUGCUGAGGGAGCAAAUAUCAACGCAGAAAGUAAUAAUCAGAUCUCAUCCACCUCUCUGGCUUCAAGGAGAGGUCAUCUUGACAUCGUGAAAUGUCUGGUGAAUGCAGGAGCAGAUGUAAACCAAAAAGGAAAGUAUAGUUGGACAGCUCUCGACGAGGCUUCACAUAAAGGUCAUAUAAACAUCAUUAAAUACCUAAUCUCGAAAGGAGCCAAAGUCAAUGGUGUUGAGAGCAAUUACCCUUCACCAUUACAUUGCGCAUCGCAUGGAGGUCAUGUCGAUGUUGUAAAAUACUUUAUCACCAAGGUAGAAGAUCUGAACUCAUUAGAUGAUAAGGGAGCUACACCACUGUCUGUCGCUUCACUGCAAGGACAUCUUGACGUAGCAGAAUGUCUGGUGAAUGCAGGAGCAGAGGUCAAUAAAUCGACUAAAGAUGGACGGACACCUCUUCAUGUGGCGUCAGAAAACAAUCACAUAGAUAUUGUAAAAUAUCUCAUUGCUGAGGGUGCAAACGUCAACACAGAAAGUAAUAAUCAGAUCUCAUCCAUCUAUCUUGCUUCAAAGAGAGGACAUCUUGAUAUUGUUAAAUGUCUGGUGAAUGCAGGAGCAGAGGUCAAUAAGUCGACUGAACAUGGAUGGACACCUCUUCAUGCGGCGUCACACAAUAAUCACAUAGAUAUUUUGAAAUAUUUCAUUGCUGAGGGUGCAAACGUUAACGCAGAAAGUAAUAAUCAGAUCUCAUCCAUCUAUCUGGCUUCAAAGAACGGUCAUCUUGAUAUUGUUAAAUGUCUGGUGAAUGCAGGAGCAGAGGUCAAUAAAUCGACUAAAGAUGGACGGACACCUCUUCAUGUGGCGUCAGAAAACAAUCACAUAGAUAUUGUAAAAUAUCUCAUUGCUGAGGGUGCAAACGUCAACACAGAAAGUAAUAAUCAGAUCUCAUCCAUCUAUCUUGCUUCAAAGAGAGGUCAUCUUGAAAUUGUUAAAUGUCUGGUGAAUGCAGGAGCAGAUGUCAAUAAGUCAGCAGAGGAUGGAUCGACACCUCUUCAUGCGGCGUCACUGUAUAAUCACAUAGAUACUGUAAAAUAUCUCAUUGCUGAGGGUGCAAACGUUAACGCAGAAAGUAAUAAUCAGAUCUCAUCCAUCUAUCUGGCUUCAAAGAACGGUCAUCUUGAUAUUGUUAAAUGUCUGGUGAAUGCAGGAGCAGAGGUCAAUAAAUCGACUAAAGAUGGACGGACACCUCUUCAUGUGGCGUCAGAAAACAAUCACAUAGAUACUGUAAAAUAUCUCAUUGCUGAGGGUGCAAACGUUAACGCAGAAAGUAAUAAUCAGAUCUCAUCCAUCUCUCUGGCUUCAAGGAACGGUCAUCUUGAUAUUGUUAAAUGUCUGGUGAAUGCAGGAGCAGAGGUCAAUAAGUCGACUGAACAUGGAUGGACACCUCUUCAUGCGGCGUCACACAAUAAUCACAUAGAUAUUUUGAAAUAUUUCAUUGCUGAGGGUGCAAACGUCAAUGCAGGGGAAGAUAAGAUGUCACCCGUGUACAUGGCUUCUAUGGACGGUCAUUUAGAAAUCCUUGAAUGCCUAGUGAAAGCAGGAGCAGAUGUCAAUAAGUCAGAUGAAGAUGGAUGGACACCUCUUCAUGUGGCGUCACAGAAUAAUCACAUAGAUAUUGUAAAAUAUCUCAUUGCUGAGGGUGCAAACGUUAACGCAGAAAGUAAUAAUCAGAUCUCAUCCAUCUCUCUGGCUUCAAGGAACGGUCAUCUUGAUAUUGUUAAAUGUCUGGUGAAUGCAGGAGCAGAUGUAAACCAAAAAGGAAAGUAUAGUUGGACAGCUCUCGACGAGGCUUCACAUAAAGGUCAUAUAAACAUCAUUAAAUACCUAAUCUCGAAAGGAGCCAAAGUCAAUGGUGUUGAGAGCAAUUACCCUUCACCGUUACAUUACGCAUCGCAUGGAGGUCAUGUCGAUGUUGUAAAAUACUUUAUCACCAAGGUAGAAGAUCUGAACUCAUUAGAUAAUAAGGGAGCUACACCACUGUCUGUCGCUUCACUGCAAGGACAUCUUGACGUAGCAGAAUGUCUGGUGAAUGCAGGAGCAGAUAUCAAUAAAUCGGAUGAGUAUGGAUGGACACCUCUUCAUGUGGCGUCAAAAAACAAUCACAUAGAUAUUGUAAAAUAUCUCAUUGCUGAGGGUGCAAACGUUAACGCAGAAAGUAAUUAUCAGAUCUCAUCCAUCUAUCUGGCUUCAAAGAACGGUCAUCUUGAUAUUGUUAAAUGUCUGGUGAAUGCAGGAGCAGAGGUCAAUAAAUCGACUAAAGAUGGACGGACACCUCUUCAUGUGGCGUCAGAAAACAAUCACAUAGAUAUUGUAAAAUAUCUCAUUGCUGAGGGUGCAAACGUCAACACAGAAAGUAAUAAUCAGAUCUCAUCCAUCUAUCUUGCUUCAAAGAGAGGUCAUCUUGAAAUUGUUAAAUGUCUGGUGAAUGCAGGAGCAGAUGUCAAUAAGUCAGCAGAGGAUGGAUGGACACCUCUUCAUGUGGCGUCAGAAAACAAUCACAUAGAUAUUGUAAAAUAUCUCAUUGCUGAGGGUGCAAACGUUAACGCAGAAAGUAAUAAUCAGAUCUCAUCCAUCUCUCUGGCUUCAAGGAACGGUCAUCUUGAUAUUGUUAAAUGUCUGGUGAAUGCAGGAGCAGAUGUAAACCAAAAAGGAAAGUAUAGUUGGACAGCUCUCGACGAGGCUUCACAUAAAGGUCAUAUAAACAUCAUUAAAUACCUAAUCUCGAAAGGAGCCAAAGUCAAUGGUGUUGAGAGCAAUUACCCUUCACCGUUACAUUACGCAUCGCAUGGAGGUCAUGUCGAUGUUGUAAAAUACUUUAUCACCAAGGUAGAAGAUCUGAACUCAUUAGAUAAUAAGGGAGCUACACCACUGUCUGUCGCUUCACUGCAAGGACAUCUUGACGUAGCAGAAUGUCUGGUGAAUGCAGGAGCAGAUAUCAAUAAAUCGGAUGAGUAUGGAUGGACACCUCUUCAUGUGGCGUCAAAAAACAAUCACAUAGAUAUUGUAAAAUAUCUCAUUGCUGAGGGUGCAAACGUUAACGCAGAAAGUAAUAAUCAGAUCUCAUCCAUCUAUCUUGCUUCAAAGAGAGGACAUCUUGAUAUUGUUAAAUGUCUGGUGAAUGCAGGAGCAGAGGUCAAUAAGUCGACUGAACAUGGAUGGACACCUCUUCAUGCGGCGUCACACAAUAAUCACAUAGAUAUUUUGAAAUAUUUCAUUGCUGAGGGUGCAAACGUCAAUGCAGGGGAAGAUAAGAUGUCACCCGUGUACAUGGCUUCUAUGGACGGUCAUUUAGAAAUCCUUGAAUGCCUAGUGAAAGCAGGAGCAGAUGUCAAUAAGUCAGAUGAAGAUGGAUGGACACCUCUUCAUGUGGCGUCACAGAAUAAUCACAUAGAUAUUGUAAAAUAUCUCAUAUCACAAGGAGUCGACCCGAAUUCUGUCGAUUGUUUCGGUCGUGCCUCUAUACAGUUAUCUUCAGAGAAUGGUCACAUAGAUGUUGUCAAGUAUCUCAUUGCUGAGGGUGCAAACGUCAAUGCAGGGGAAGAUAAGAUGUCACCCGUGUACAUGGCUUCUAUGGACGGUCAUUUAGAAAUCCUUGAAUGCCUAGUGAAAGCAGGAGCAGAUGUCAAUAAGUCAGCAGAGGAUGGAUCGACACCUCUUCAUGUGGCGUCAGAAAACAAUCACAUAAAUAUAGUAAAAUAUAUCAUUGCUGAGGGUGCAAACGUUAACACAGAAAGUAAUUAUCAGAUCUCAUCCAUCUAUCUGGCUUCAAAGAACGGUCAUCUUGAUAUUGUUAAAUGUCUGGUAAAUGCAGGAGCAGAUGUCAAUAAAUCGACUGAAGAUGGAUGGACACCUCUUCAUGCGGGGUCAGACUAUAAUCACAUAAAUAUUGUAAAAUAUCUCAUUGCUGAGGGGGCAAACCUGAAUGUAAUGGAUAAGGAAGGCUUUACACCCUUAUGUCUAGCUUCUAUGAAAGGUCACCUUGAUGAAGUUGUUAAAUGCUUAGUGAAUGCAGGAGCAGAUGUCAAUAAAUCAGUUAAGGAUGGAUGGACACCUCUUCAUGCAGCGUCACAGAAUAAUCACAUCGAUAUUGUGAAAUAUCUCAUUGCUGAGGGUGCAAACAUUAACGCAGAAAAUGAUGAGGGGAUGUCACCCGUGUAUCUGGCUUCUAUGAACGGUCAUCUUGAUAUUGUUGAAUGUCUAGUGAAUGCAGGGGCAGAUGUAAAUAAAUCGAAAGAGAAUGGAUGGACACCUCUUCAUGUAACGUCACAGAAUAAUCACACAGAUAUUGUAAGAUAUCUCAUUGAAAAUGGAGAAAAUAUCAGCAUAAUGGAUAUCGACCAUGUCACAGCAUUACAUAUCGCUGCAUGGAACGGUCAUUUUGAACUUGUUGAAUAUCUAGUGAAUGCAAAAGCUGAUGUUAACCAAGUCACAAAGGAUGGCGAAACAGCUCUUCAUUAUGUCUCUUACAGAGGCUUUCUAAAAAUCACGCAAUGUUUAAUUACGCAUGGGGCAGAUAUAGAGGCGCGUGUUAAUAACGGCUGGACAGCUUCUCAUUUUGCUGCAGCGAAUGGUCACUUAGACUGCUUGAAAUAUCUCCUGAGGAACAGAAUUACCGAUGAAGUUGAAGAUAGUCACAACCCCUUUGGUACAAAUAUACAGACGUUAAAUGGUGUCACACCACUGAUGCUUGCCGCGAGGGGAGGACAUGACGAGUGCGUUCGUAUGUUACUUGAUAACAACGCAGACAUAGAGACAACAGAUAAUGAAGGGUGGACAGUCCUCCAUUAUGCUGCAGCAAGUGGAAAUGUAACAGUUGUGAAUUAUCUACUGGAUCAGAAAGACCUAUUGUGUUCAAGACGUUCAAGAAGAGGUCAGUCACCUUUAGAUGUUGCAUUGCGAUCAGGAAUGGCUGGAGCUGCAGGGUUUCUUCUUGAUAAGGACACAUCGGUAAUACACCAGAGCGACAGUAAAGGAGUUACACCUCUUCACCUUGCUAUUGAAAUUGGAUUAACAUCAAUCAUUGAAGAGUUGAUUUCUUUAGGUGCUGAUUUAAACCAGGCAUCAAACGAUGGCCACACACCCUUACAUACUGCUAUCAGACUAUGUAACUGUAAGAAGAGACAAGUUGAAAUGACAGAAGCUUUGGACCAGAUACAGCAAGAAAACGACGAUAUCUUAUCCCCAUCAGAGGCUCUGAUACAAUACCUAAUAAAUGAGGGAUCUAAGAAUGGCAUCAAGGAUAAUGACGGGCAUUUUCCAGCACAGUACGCCAAGGAUGAGUGUAUUAAGCAAAUGGCUUUCAAAAGGUCAUUUGGAGAUGUUGAUACACGCGAUCCACCGAUUCCAAGAUCAACAGAGACUCACCGCAGUAUUGGUAACGAAGGUGGAAUCCUAUACUUGGAUAGUUGUGACGUCACAAUGGUUAUUUCACCAGGAUCAUUGGAGGCUGGCUCUUGUCACGAUGUAUCUCUUGCUCUGAUUACUGAGGAUCCACCAACAAUCAAAGAGGAUGAGUUUCUUACAGGUUGUGGCGUAGAAAUCAAUAUCCCGAGACUGUGGCUCUACUCAGAAAAUCAGCCAAUAACAAUAACUCUCCCCCAUGCCGCAUCACACAUGAAGGCAAAUAAAGAAUUUGUUGACAUCAUUUGGAAACAUACUGAAUCAACAUCAGCCCAUCGCGUGAAGACAUCUAAUAAUGAAAAUACACAAUGUGUCAUCAAAGAAAGAGAAAUGGAAAUCAUCAUCUCUGCCGACUCUGUGAUCAAUGGAAGGAUACAGCUUUGGGUACCAUUCGAUAUUCACCGUCACGCCACGGGGAAACUGAUGGCUUGCACCCCUUUCCUUCCCGUUGAUAUGGUACAGGGAAAUGAUGUAACACUAAGGAUGUACAUUCACGAGGACAUACCUUACAUUGCUGAGAAAAUAAAGGAAGAAGAGGAACAACUGUUAAGCCGCCAGGUACAUCCUAAAAGAUGUUUUGAUCUUGCACCUGAAUCAAGCGACCUACAGAUAGAAUGCAAUGGAAGAAAGAUGAGCAUCUCUGCUAAAGAGCUAUUCAACCGACAGGAGACUCUUGUUUCGAUGCCCAUUACGACUGAACCCAAUACCAGAAUGCAAAUGAUUAACAUCUCAAUGUCAACCAACGAUAGAGAUCGAACGACGAGCAUGGCGUUCAUGGCGAUACGAACAGAUUUCUCGACUGACAUGCAAUCAACACUUGAUGAGAUAAUCACCGCUUCAGAUACUGAGAGCAGAGAAAAAGACACCGGGAUUGAGGAUGUCAUCACGAAGGAUAUGAACACAGAUAAAUACUACCACCUGGGAAUAGCACUUGGUCUGUCCUACGAAACACUUGACAGCAUCCAAGCAAGUAUCAGAGGACAAAAAGUCGAAGCUGGGGUUUAUACUUCAAACCAACGAGCUGCUAUUAUCAUGAUUCGCUACUGGAAACACUUACAGCAUCCCGACUCCCAAGCAGAUGAUCAUCUGAGAGAGGUGUGGUCAUCUGUGACCAAUUCAAGAAAGCCGGACGUUCCUGUUAAGCAAGCUAGCAGCUUAGACGAAACAGUUGGUUCAACUAUGGAAGAGAUCUUUGAAGACAAGUCAUGUGGCGCAAGACCUCUUCGAAGAGAAGGUUUCUAUGACAUUGGGACAAAGAUCCCUUCUCUCCCGAGCAUCCGUGAAGCAAGAGGUCCUUGGGAGGAAAGAUUUCAAUUUCAACGAAGUAGAACUCCUAGUAUCAGAAGCGACUCAUCAAGCAGCACGUUGCGAGAGGACCAGGAAGAGGGCAUUCCACGAACUCCUGAUGCUUAUUCCAGUAUACGCAGAAUGACACCAUACUCGAGUCUUAUAGGCCUACGUGACAGGAGGCCAAGAGUUCCAAGCGUUCGGAGAUAUUAUGAACAUGAUGAAGGAGAAGCUGAUGCUUAUUUUAGUAUACACAGAGUGGCAUCAUACUCGAGUCCCAUAGGUCUACGUGACAGACGGCCAAGACUUCCACGUGUUCGGAGGCAACAUGAACGUGAUACAGGAGAAGGUAGAUAUAGUUUUAUAUUCCAUUUUUAAGAUCUUAAUGUAAAGCAAAGUACCUUUUCUGGGGUUCUGGUACUCAUUAUAUGCAUUAUUGUAAAACCCCAUGCAAGUAGAAAAUAAAUGGCAUACGCUAGAUUUUUUUUCAUAACUUCUUCAGAUCUCAGCACUAAAGCAGAAGACACUCUACCUCCUACGAAAGGGUAAAAAUGUAAAAAAAAAUUGUAGGAAGCAUUCAUGGUAUGGGCUUCCUAUCUUGGUAAAUGUUCUUUAAUAAUUCUUACUUAGCAAAGUAUCGUUUCAUUUUUGUAUCUGACAAGUUCCUCCAAAAAAGGAAACGGCUAAUGGUUGACUUUGAAUCAUAAUUAUGACGCAAUUUAAUCGUAUACCUAGAAGCAGGACUAUUUAAGAAUAGUUAAUGAAUCAAAAAUGAAAGUAUGGAAUCAUGCAAUCCCAAGGACAUUCCUUUGAAAUUAAAUCCUUGAUCGGACAGUAAGCAUACAAUGACAAGUAAUAUUUUUCAAUAUUCAUUUCAAACACGAGGAUACUCCGAGCAAGACAUAGUUGAAUGGAUGGAAUCUGGGGAGGUAAAACCAGCGGAUUCACAACCGGACCGGUCAGCCGCAAUGCCUUUAGAUGACCAGAAAGGUCGUAUCUCGUCAAUGAGCGGUCAUCAUGAUGAAGUCCCAGUUCAAGGCUUUGACAGUCGGGUGAAUGUCACUGAUGAUAUCGGCAUUAUUCGGCUUGAGGAAUAUGGUAUUGAAGUUCAAAUUCCACCGGGUGAAGCCUACAGUGCUGAGGACAUUACUGUCGAUGUGAUUGAGAAGGUUCCACUCGAGUUGCUAACAGUACUGAAGGAAACUGAAGCUAUCAUAACCGUUGGUUUGAAGAUGUCGCCUUCUGAUGCAUCCUUUGAGAGACCAGUAAAAGUGACAAUGCCACAUUGUGGUGUGUUCCAAAAACCAGAAUCUGCUCAAAUCGUCACCUAUUAUCGCAAAAAUGCUUCAGAAAGUUUUGUGGCAAUUCCCUCCACCAACGGGAGUCUGCAAUGCAUCGUUAGACGACGAGACCUAGAUAUCUACCUAAACCACUUCUCGGAAUCCUGGAUUGUUGCCCUCUUCACAUGGGCAUUCAUUGGAAAACGAGUUAUUUGCACUCCGUAUAUUCCGGUGUCAACUCCAAAGAAUGCAAAGCAUGUCUUGUAUAUGCAUGUUCGGGACGAAAACUUCAGAAAAAGGGAG